ACGUGGGGACGUUCAAAAAAAUAAAUCAGCAUUUCUCCAGUUAUAUAAAUUGUUUUUGUUAUUUAUGGGUGAAUUGAAGAAAUUGAAGUAAGUGUUCGGUAAUUUUGUCCUUUUGUUUGGAUAAUUUUGAUUUUUUAAAUUUUCUGGAACAUAGUGAAAUGUGGCGACGCUGGAACGCCGUUGUCAAAUCUGACAGCUGUCAGCGUCGUUUUUGUAAUGUGUUGUUAUUAUUAGCGCCAAAUAAUAGGAUUUUUCUUACGAAUUUGAAAGUUUUGAAGAGUAUUAAGUGCUAACAUGACGUCUGCCUUGUAUUUGGAGCAUUACCUGGACAGCUUGGAACAUUUACCAAUCGAGUUGCAAAGAAAUUUCACUUUAAUGCGGGAUUUAGAUUCCCGGGCGCAAGGUUUAAUGCAAAAUAUUGACUCUCUAUCCGACAAUUUUUUGAGAAAUCAGAAAACCAUUAGUCCAGAGGAGAAGAAGGAACAACUGUUUAAAAUCCAAUCGUUAUUCAACAAAGCAAAAGAAUAUGGUGACGAUAAAGUCCAGUUGGCAAUUCAAACCUAUGAACUAGUUGAUAAACACAUUAGGAGGUUAGACAAUGAUUUAGCGAGGUUUGAGUCUGAAAUUCAAGACAAAGCUCUGAAUUCCCGCAACCAGGAUGAGCCCUCAGUUGGCAAGAGUAGGAAAAAAACCAAAGAUGGUAAAACGGAGAAGAAGAAACGUCCUGGUAAUUCAAGUGAAGAAGACUCGACGGGAACAGUUCGGGGCACAAAGAAGAAGAAGCAAAAGGGGGCCGGUUCUACUGGAAAUAGUGGCAGUACUACAGGCAGUGGCGCCAAAGCUGCCCUAGGUGAGGCCACUGAUUCAGUCUCUGUACUGCCAGGCUUAGCUGGAAUCGCACAUCCGAGCGACGUUCUGGAUAUGCCUGUCGAUCCAAACGAACCAACAUAUUGCCUUUGUCAUCAAGUAUCAUACGGAGAAAUGAUCGGUUGUGAUAACCCAGAUUGCCCUAUUGAAUGGUUUCAUUUCGCUUGUGUGGGCUUGACAACUAAACCCAAGGGUAAAUGGUACUGCCCUAAAUGCACACAAGACAGAAAGAAGAAAUAAUGCAUCGAUGCGUUAAAAGAUUAGACAAUUUUUUAUUUUAACUUAUUCCUUAAGUUUAAACCGUUUGAAAACAUGGUUUUGUUACGAAAUAGCAAUAAUGCAUUUGUUAUUUUAUUAAAUUUAUAUCGUGUGAAUUAUUAAGGAAAUAAACGUAAUUUAAGCAUU